AUGGAUGAGCUUGAUGCUCACAGCAAAUAUGAGAAUGACUCGAUACUUCAUAUAAUCGAACAGCUGAGUAGGCAUUUAUUUCUAUACUCAGUAUGUACAAGAUCAGAUUGCAGAGCUGAGUGCCUCAGGCGGCACAACGUCAUUCCGUUACCGGGUGGGGGUUUUUGGCGCCAGAGCAACCUCGUCAACAAACGUUUCUUUGCCCACAUGUGCAAGCUGCAAAACACCCGACAUGACAUCGUGAGUUCGCCGGUCGCACAAAAAGUGCAGACUCUUUGGAAGCUUACUAACCUCUUCUGCUCCAGCAAUAUUCUACAGCUUCCGUUUCGUCGCUCCCACGCUGUCUCCCUGUCGGAUGCAAUCACGCAGUACAUUUCUUCCAAAUAUGACCAGCGCCCUGAUAUGUUCGCUGAUGAUCUGAUAAUUAUCGAUCGUCUGCGAACCGAGGCUAUCAAUGUACAAGAGCCGCAUAUUAGCGGCAUUAGUCGACUGGUCACAUAUGCGGCGCAGUUGAAAUGGCUCGGCGGGAAGUUCCCGGUUGAUGUUGGCGUCGACUUUGCAUGGUAUCCGGCAUUCGGGUUCAACGCCUCGCGACCUGUAUCGCAGAAUAACCUUCGCUUUGAACUGGCCAAUGUGCUUUUUAACCUCGCCGCCCUAUACUCCCAACUUGCCUAUUCAGUGAACCGCACGACCGCGGAUGGCCUCAAGCAAGCUUGUAACUACUCUUGCCAAGCGGCUGGAGUCUUGAGCCACCUACGCAAGGAUAUUCUUCCCGACCUUCGCACCUCGCCCCCAGAAGAUAUGGAUGACAUGACCCUGCAGAGCUUGGAACAGCUGUUGCUCGCACAGGGCCAAGAGUGCUUCUGGCAGAAGGCUGUGAAGGACGGACUGAAAGAUCUUUCGAUUGCGAAACUUGCAGCCAAAGUAUCCGACUUUUAUGGCGAUGCAGGGGAAUUCGCUGUCAAGUCAAACGCAAUCAGUACCGAAUGGAUCCACCACAUGACUGCCAAAAACUAUCACUUUGCAGGAGCGGCACAAUUCCGCCAGGCACUCGAUUGUCUGGAAAAGCGCAAGUAUGGAGAGGAGGUUGCACGACUACGCGAUGGCUUGAAUUGUGUCAAAGAAGGCCUGAAAGAAUCACAGUGGAUUAAUCGGACCGUGCUAGGUGAUUUGAACGGCCUCAAGAGCAAGGUGACCGAGGAUUUGAAACGAGCGGAGAAGGAUAACGAUGUGAUUUAUUUAAAUCCUGUGCCUACAAAGUCCGAGCUCAAGUCUAUUGAACGCGCUAGUAUGGUUGCUUCCAAGGCCCCAUCACAAGUCACAGAUGCCAUAUCCAUGCUUGGAAGCGAUGGCCCACUUGGUCAGCCACUUUUCGCGAGACUGGUUCCCUAUGCGGUACACAUUGCGGCUAGCAUCUACUCCGAUCGCCGAGAUCGACUGAUCAAUGAAAGCUUGAUUGGAGAGUUGGAGUCUAUGACUGAUAAGCUUCGGGAUCUGUUGUCUUCAUUGAACUUACCAGGUUCUUUGCAAGCUUUGGAGAAGCCACUAGGGCUUCCGCCAACGUUGGUCUCACAUGCAGAGGAGAUGCGCCAGCAAGAUGGGCUCAAUCGUCUGCGACGCUCCGUCGAGGACACUGCAAAGGUCAAGGCCAAUGACGUGACCAUUUACAAUGAAGGCGUUGAACUUUUGGCCGCCGAAAAGGCCGAGGACGAUGCUGCACUCCGCAAAUAUGGCACUGAUCGAUGGAACCGGCCAACAUCGGAGAAAGCGGCUCCCAAAAUCUACAAUACCUCAAAAGAGAUCAGCGGCUAUUUCACAUCCGCACACAGUAGCGAUGAGCUUGUCAACCGCAAGCUCCAGGAUUCUGAGUCUGUAUUUCUUGUUCUCACGGGGACAAAUCGAGAUCUGGAGUCCUACGUCCCUAGUAGCCGCAGGGCCACUAUACCACCAGAGCUGGAAAGGGAGUCUAUCAAGCUGCGGAGUUGCUUGAGUGAGGUGAGUCGGAUGGAAAACCGGCGACGCCGACGAAUUCAGGCGUUGAAGGAGAAAGGCCGUGCCGAUGAUAUUCAUCCGGCCCUUUUGAAGGAAACCGCCCGGUUGGAACGUGAGUUUCCCAUGCAGGCCAUCCAAGCAAGUCAGUUCGAGGACCUGUUUGAGGAGCAUUUGCGAUACUAUGACUCCGAUCGGCAGAUGUUAGUUCAAGAACAGACGGAGCAAGAGCAGAUUGAGGAACAGGUGCGAGAGGCCAACAGAGCCUUCACACGAGCGCACAAAGGAGAUACCUCCACAAAGGAGCGGGAAACUGCCCUACAGGAUCUGGAAAACGGAUACCUGAAGUAUAAAGAGAUUAUCUCAAAUCUCGAGGUUGGGCGCAAGUUCUACAACGACCUGGCCAAGAUUGUGAGCCGAUUCCGCGAUGAUGCGAAGGCAUUUGUGCAUCAGCGACGAAUGGAGGCUAGUCAAUUGGAAGCUGAAAUCUCGAACGUCACCGCCAUGUCGUCUCUACACAUUUCCCAGCCUCAUUUACGUCAAUCUACCCACCAGGCGUCUCGUACCCACCACGUCCCUACAUAUGCGGCCCCUCCGCCCUCCCAGCCCCCAUCCCAACCACCUCCCCCGGUCCACGUCCGAUCCCCGGAACCCUCAGCGCCACUCACAGCGCCUCAACCCCUGCGCGCGGCGGUUCCUCCUCCUUCCGUUCCUACACCUGGGAUGUGGUCUCCUAAUAUGGGGAUCCGAUUUGAUUCUGCCGGCGCACCACCAGGCAUGGCCCCAAACGCUGGCCCAGGUGCAGUUCCUGCACCGGCCCCUCGUGCGCAACCUGGCACCUGGGAUCCUAGCCAAGGAGUCCGGUUUUCUUAA